AUGGAUCCUCGGCGGUUGGGCGUGUUCGACUUGGACGAAGACGACGUGGUCGAGAUUGAGUCCGCUAAAUCGAACGCCAAAUACAGGAAGAAGGCGAGCCCCAUCACCAAGUACACGUUUCUCCAAUACUUCUCCUCCUCAAAGACUCCCCUCAAGGAAAUUAGCAAUGUAAGUAGUCCUUCUCAAAUUCCUCCUCCUUGUCUUUUCCUCCUUGAAAUUAGCCUCCAAACUCCAAAAUUGCUGCAGAAUAAGCACGUUCCAGAUGAUGCUGAUUGCCGCUCUUUGAUAUGCACUCAAGCUACAUCAUCAGAGCCAGGAGAUGACAGUGUGGAAACUGCUUUAACUAAUCUUCGUCUUGAAUCAAAUACUUCUAAAAAAUCAGGUCUUAAACAGUUGAGAGGUGCAGUUUAUGACCCUCAUUGGUCCAAAAGACAGGAGGAAAAUAAAUCAUUAGAUAUCAGAUAUGGUGAUACAUGGAACGUUAAAUUUGAUUCUGAUAAGUCUUUUGAAGAUGUUAUCUAUCCAAAAGGGGAUCAUGAUGCAGUUACUAUAAGUAAGCGAGACCUUGAGCUUCUUGAGCCAGAGACAUUCAUUAAUGACACCAUAAUUGACUUCUAUAUUCUAUACUUGAAAAGCAACAUUCAACCCGAGGAAAAGCAUAGGUUUCACUUCUUCAAUAGUUUCUUCUUUCGGAAACUUGCUGAUCUUGAGAAAGACCCAUCAAGUUCCUGUGAACGCAAGGCAGCUUUUCAGCGUGUUCAUAAAUGGACUAGGAAAGUGAAUCUUUUUGAAAAGGAUUACAUCUUCAUUCCUAUAAACUACAGGCUUCACUGGAGUUUGAUUGUCAUCUGUCAUCCCGGUCAAGUGGCCAAUUGUGAAGACGAGGGAAUUGAAAGCUUACCCAGGGGGCCAUGCAUCUUGCAUAUGGACUCAAUUAAAGGAAGCCACAGGGACCUGAAGAAUCUUGUUCAAAGAUACCUCUGUGAAGAGUGGAAAGAGAGGAAUGGUGACACGGCAGAAGGUGAUUCUUUGAGAUUUUUGCAAUUGAAAUUUCUUGAACUGGAGCUACCACAGCAGGAAAAUUUAUCUGAUUGUGGACUCUUUUUGCUUCAUUAUGUGGAGCGUUUUUUGGAGGAAGCUCCUGUUUAUUCUAGCCCUUUGAAGAACACAGAGCUCUCCAACUUUCUAAAGAAAAAUUGGUUCCCUCCUGCAGAGGCUUCUCUUAAACGCCAUCAGAUUAGAAAGUUGCUAUAUGAUAUCAUCGAGCAAUCUCAGGAAGCUGUUAUAGUCGAUUGCAUUAACUUAGAUGAAUCCCCUCGAGCACUAAAAAAUACAGACAAUGAAGAACCUGGCAUAAAGAAUUUUUACGGGAAUUGUCAUAGUGCUGGUGCACAUGCAUCACCAGGAGCUUAUUCUUCUCCUAGCCAUGUACAGUGCUCUAGUGAAUGGGGACGGGUUGCUGAUACGAGUUAUCUGCCGUCGACUGCCAAUAAUACGAGGAGUUUUAUGUCACCUAUACAGGAAGAGGAACAGAUGGCUGAUUCACCAGUCUACAUUGAAGCUUGUCAGAAAGACACUGCAUUACCUUCUGAUUUACUACCCUGGGAUACAUCUGGGAGCCAUGGGUUCUCAAGGAACAUUGGUGUUAAUGCUGAUCUGAACUCAAUUUCUGAUACAUCUAGUAGUGGAUCAGAGAUUUUUUCAGUGGUAGGGGUAGAAGAAGAUGACUCGCUUUUGGAAGCUGAGGUGUUUAACUGUCCGAGGAAAGUGGAGAAAUCUGAAUCGUCUUCAAGUUGGGAUCUCACUGCUUGUGUUGUGCAGGAUUCUGAAGAGGAAAAUGAGAUGCAAGAUGGCACUGAGGUUAUAUAUAUAUCAUCAUCUCUAGCAAACCAACAAGCUAACUCUACUGGAAAAAUAAAUCUUAAAGAGAUUAAUAUCCUAUCAAGUAGUGAGGAUCAAGCAUCCGAAUCUGAUGACCAGCAGACUCCAAAAAGACCAAGGCUUACGCAUCAUAUAGGUAGAAGACGGCCUACAAGAAGCCUCAUGAAAGCCUUGCAUUUGUGAUUUUGGUUUUGUUAUCAUAUGAACUCGUUGUGAAACUUUGUUAUAUUAAAGUAGAGGCCUUUUUCUAGUU